AUGAACGAUACGACCAUAAAGCAAGACCCUGAAAUCGACUGUAGGAUCGAUACAGACAGCGCCGACGAGCACACCCCUCUCAUCCCCACGAAAAUUGUGCCUCAAAAACUAAGGCAAUCCCAGCAGCACUUCCAAGGAGCAAUACCUCAACAAGUGGAAUUACCGAGACUCACACAACUCGACGAGCCUAUCGCGGCGUCCGACCGUCUCAAAUAUGUCGAGGAAAAGCUGUCCGCCAUACACCAUGGCUUAGAAUACCUCUUCAUAGCCCUGAAUAGUCCGCAAGCUAGGGUGGAAACGACGCAAAAGGAAUCGGAUGGUCAGGUCAAUAAGGGGAUUUCUACGGGGAAGGAUUUGAACAGUAGAACGCUGUGGGGAAUCAAGGAGUAUGAUGACAAAGAUGUCAAUUCCUGCGUUGCCCAUAACUUCAUAUUCAAGGCUGAUGUGCAAUUUGAUGCCAAUAAGCUAGGGGACUUGAAACAGGACGUCGUGCAAAACUCUGGAAUACUGCCGAAAUUCGAAGCGAGGUAUGGUAUCGCCGCAUACGUUAUAUUGACCAGUGAUGUCCCGAGGGAGAUACUUGAUGUUAUCAAUCGACGCGCCGACGCGAAAACGCUAUUCAUUGGGAAAUAUCAGCCGGAGCAGUGGAGGCAGCGAUUGGUUAGUAUGGCUGACGGUAUUAUCAAGGAAUGGCUAGAAGGUGACGAGACAGGGUCCCUCUUCCGAGGCGAGGAUCCUAUCAGAGGCGGCUGA